UCGCAUGAAGCGCGCGGCGAUGCGCCAUGGGAGGCAACAACUCCCGACAUCUUCCUGACUAUGAUGAAGCUGUGGCAGCUUUGGGCGAGCAGGAGGUGGCCAAGAUCUUGGAAGGCUUUAACCGACUCUCCGUGCGCGGCGAGCUUCGACCCUCAGAGUUUCGCACCGGCUUCCUGAACUGCGCCGGGCCCGUGCCCGAGGCAUUAGCAGAGGCGCUCUUCAACUGCUUUGAUUCCAACUCUUCCGGGUCUUUGGAUGUGCAACAGUUCGUAUGUGGUGUGGCAGUCAUCUGCAAGGGCAGGCCCGAGCAGAAACUGCGCUUGCUCUUCAUGGUCUACGACACUGACAAAGAUCAGAGACUUUCGGACCGCGACCUGAAGCGCUUUGCCCACGCCCUGUCGGACGGCCGCGGCAGUGGUGAAACCGCCGAUGCUGUGGUGAACAGCGCUCUGAAGGAGCUGCUGGCGGGAAACAGCGCGGUGAACUACGAGAAGUUUGAAACCUGGGCGCGUCAGCACGUCGACAGUCCCUUAGUCGACUGGAUCUUCAGUCUGGAGCAGCGGGUGAGAGCAGAGGAUGAGGAUACGACCAGUGCAUGGAGGAUGCGGCCACCUGCCAUUGAUCGUUCCAACAGCGUGCAGGAGAGGGAAGAACUCCAAGCCCUGCUGGAUUGGAGUGAGACGCUGGGGAUCGACAAGGAUUUGGCGAAAGAGCUGCGCGGAGCCUGGCACGCUGUGGCCAUGUCCUCGCGGCUGGGCGUCGUGGAACGCUCGGCGCUGCUGGAGACGUUGCCCUCGGCGCCCGCGGAGCUGGUGCAACGCUUUGCGCACGCCAUGGACCGAGCAAAGACAGGCACCGUAUCUGCGCGCGAGUGGAUGCAAGAUUUUGCCAUCUGCCUGCAGGGCUCCUUGGACCAGCGAAAGGACCUGGUCUUCCGCAUGUUUGCGGACGACUCGGGAAGCAUCCCACUGGCGGCAGCAGCAGAGUUGACGAAAUGGGGUCAAGCUGCCGUUUCGGUUUUUUCGGAGCGGCGCCCCAACACAGAGCCCCGCAACGGCGCCGGAAGUUCCAGCGGAAGCGCGGCGUCCGCGCUCGCCGCGCCCCGCUUGGCGAAGCAAACCUCGGAGCAGUGGAGCGCGGAUUCGGAGCAGAUCGCGCAGGCCUUGGGCUACGUUGCACGGAUUGACUUGAAGAUGGUGCCUCCGAACGCACGCGAAGAGUUGGAAAUCAUCGAGAAACUCAACGAGAACUUCAACCCAGAAGCCCCUGGAAAAACUGGCGACCUUUGGUACUUGAUUCCUGCUCGUUGGUGGAAACAAUGGUUAGAGUUCACAUCCACGGGGACCAAUUCAAGGGAGCAGGGACCUCCAUCCAUCGACAAUACUGACUUGGUCGAUGCGCGUGACUUUCUUCGGAUCGGUCUGUCGGAGGGAGUGGAUUAUGAGGUGGUCACCCAAGAUGCCUGGCACGCCCUUGUGGCCUGGUACGACAAGUGUGGCCCGGCCUUGCCUCGCAAGGUCAUUGAGAUCGAUGGACACCUGGAGCUGGAGAUGUAUCCCUUGGCCUUGCAUAUCAGUCGCACGGAUCAGGACGGCCAGAUUAUGCUGUUAGAGAAGACCCUAGAGAUCAGCAGGACCGCCCUGGCCAGCGAGGCAAAACAGGCCGCCUGCGCUCUACACGGCAUCGAUGGGGACUGGGUGCUGUGUCACAGAAUCCAUCAAGAUCUAGAGUUUGAGGAGGUCGAUGAAAGUCAGACACUUCAUGCGCUGCAUUUCUUGGAUGGUCACCAGCUUCUCCUUCGCGGCCGCAAUGCACCGACUCUACGGGCCAAUGGCCACCGUCUUCCGAGUGGAAAGAAUCAUGGUCACGUGGGGCUUCAAAAUUUGGGCAACACGUGCUACAUGAACGCAGCAAUUCAAUGUUUGGUCCACUCGCCGCUGCUUCCGGACUAUUUCAUGUCCGAGUACAAGUUGGAUGUCAAUCCCAACAGCAAGUUCGGCAUGGCCGGAAAGCUGGCGGUGGCCUUCGCGGAGCUGCUCCUGGAGAUCCAAAACGCGCGGAGUGCAGGAUCCAACGUGGUGGCUCCUCGGGACUUCAAACGAAUCUUCUCCGACUUCAAACCUCAGUUUGCUGGCUGGAAACAGCAGGCCGGAAAGCUGGCGGUGGCCUUCGCGGAGCUGCUCCUGGAGAUCCAAAACGCGCGGAGUGCAGGAUCCAACGUGGUGGCUCCUCGGGACUUCAAACGAAUCUUCUCCGACUUCAAACCUCAGUUUGCUGGCUGGAAACAGCAGGACGCCCAGGAGUUCCUAUCGAUGUUUUUGGCUGGGCUCAGCGAAGAUGUGAACCGCACCACCCAGAAACCCUACCGAGAACUGAAAGAUUCUGAGGGACGGCCGGAUGAGGAGGUGGCCUCAGAGUACUGGCAAUCGCACUGCCAGAGGGAGCGCUCCGCCGUGGCUGCGCUCUUCAGCGGCCAGUUCCGCUCGGUGCUGCGCUGCAAAGGCUGCGGCUACACGAACCACUCCUUCGAAGCCUUCAGUUUCCUGCCGAUUCCCAUCCCGGAGCACUCCUAUCGUCCGGGCACCCAGGGAAUCCACGGUGGAAUCCACGGUGUCAUGGGACGGGGCUUGAAAACAUGA